AGUGGUGGUUAUUCGACAGGAUCCGUCGAAUCGAAAAUGCAAUCGUCUAGCCGCUGGAGAAAAUGCUCAAAAUGCAAUCAUAUAUUCAGCGAUUACAAACGUUGGUGUGGUCUUUAUCAAUCAAAAUACUUCGAAACUGUUCAUCCGAAUUGGACAAGUUGGGCACUAUACAUCAGGCGACUUGGCGUGAAGAUUGUUGGAAUGGAUGGGAUAGAGAAAAAUGAUUGGGUAAAUAUAGGUGGAAAGUCACCUGAAGCCUUAUGUGGAAACCGUACACCUAGGCGGCGGACAUAUAGUUUUGCGACGAUAAUAUGGGAAAUGACUUCCGCUAGACAACAAUUUUUCGGUCGUACACAUAAACUUCAGUUGAUUAUGGAAAUUGUUGGCGGAGCUAGACCAACAAUCAUUGAAAGAACUCUAAAAUGGUUUGGAAUGAAGGCACAAACAAACGACCUGCUGCAACUGAAAUAG